UUCGACAUCGUGCGGCACAACGACGUCAACACACGCAAGCGCACCCUCUUCGCCGCGUCGGGGGUAUGCAAGGAUUGAGCAGAUAUGACCCUCCUUGCACGCUUCCACACGCUCUCGCUCGUCGUCAAGCUUCCCGGCGAGAGCUCGGUCGUGAGCCUCUUCCUCCAGGACUUCGUGAACGAGCCCGUCUUCGCAGAGCUCAAGCGUCGGCAAUAUGUCAAGAGUCUAACACUACACUGGAGCCAUGAGGGAGUAAAGAGCGAGAUCGACUUCGAACACGUGCUGCCUCAGUACCUGUCCCUCUUUCCCGGGCUUCUCGCGCUUGAGCUUUGCGGCGUGAUAUACAAACGCCCCGAACAACACAUCUCCCAGCGUUUCCACCUCCAGUCGCUUACGAUCGAUGGGUACCUGUAUAACCAUCGGUUUCACGGACAGCAUGACCAGCGCGCACUCUGUGAUCUAAUCUGCCUCUUCCCGACGCUCAAGGAGCUCAAGCUUCAGCAGGUAUGCGACCCGCACGGCGAAGGGGACAAUGAUGUUGACGAUAGCUACGACGUCGAAAUCGAGCAUCUCCCCCGCAUCAACUCUGUCGUGUUCGACGAUUCCGGUGCCCCGCUCGUUCUCCUGCGGGUACUGCGCACGGCGGAGGUCAGGUAUAUAGACAUCGCAAAACUUUACAGCUACCACACCCAGUCUGUGGUGAACGCCUGUGCGGCGACAUUGGAGCACCUCAACUGUACCCUGAAGUUCGUGGACUACGUAAAGGACAAACAGUACAUGCUCCCAAAUGUCAAGCUGGCGAACUUGUCUGUCCUGCGUCGGCUCACGGUUGUCGUUGAGCUUGCUGAUCACCAAGACGAUACCGAAGAGCUAAGUUUCUUGAAAGACGAGCCCUGGAGUACCCUUGCUACCUUCUUCGUGGCGCUGCGCAAGCGUCCCGACAGUGUCCCCCCACUCGAGUACAUCGAGCUUCAGCUCGAACUGUCUCGAUCCAUUAGAAACAACGACGGAGACCAGAUAAUGGCCGAGGCGCGGCGCGUAUUCUCACACCACCAGCGAUUCGUAUAUCGAGCGGACACGGAGCUUAGUCGUCUCGUAGAUGAUGGUCUCGUCGAGUCUGUCAAAGUCCAGUGGAGGGGAGGCAUACAGUGGAAAAGAACGUGGAUUCUCCAGCAUCACAGCUGCUUGAACGUGCCCAUUGUGCGCGCAUUCCCUCAGCUGGACAAGAAAGACUGCCUUCGUCUUCUUCAUGAAGUUUGCGAGUGCGAUGGAUGA